ACGCGGGGCUCGUGACGUCAGUAUCGGGGUCACGCGGGGUUGACCUCAGGUGUUCGCGUGUUUUUCAGGUAAAUUCCUGCUGUCGGUAAACAAAUGGACUCAGCGGCGGUUUGCGGUGAAAACAUGAAAAAUGUGACCGAACUGCGCGGUUUAAAGCGAGUAAAAUGCCCGGACAGAAGAGAAGAUAUAAUGUACGAUUCCCUCCUAGUCGCAUCAAGAAGAUCAUGCAGAAGGACGCAGAGGUGGGGAGGAUUGCGAUGGCAGUUCCUGUGUUAAUCUCUCGAGCGCUGGAAAUGUUCCUGAAGUCUCUGCUGACCAAAAUCUGUCUGAUCACUCAGUCCAAGAACAGCUGCGUCGUGUCUGUUGCUCACAUGAAGCAGUGCAUAGAGUCGGAGAAGCUAUUCCACUUCCUCAUAGAUAUGGCGGAGCGACCCUCGUCUGCCGCACAGAAAGACGCCAGAGGUCUGACCCUGUGGCCGAUGUACAGUCUUCCCAGGUCAAAAAUGCAUGAAAUUCAGGUUCAAAAACCGCCUGAAGUGGUAGAAAUGGCGCCACGGCGAAACCUGGGCUCACUGGACAACGACUCCAGCUCCAGUGUACGUAUAUGCUUCUUACUGUACAAACAAAUGACUGAUGAUGGUCUCCCGUUGUUUGUUUUUUAAUACCCCAAAUUAAAGCAUGACAUAUAUAUAAAGGCAGGUCUUGGUGUACUGUUGUGUGCCAAAAAGACUAUGAAGCUAUGUCACAAUAGCGACCCCAUGAGGAGGAAAUGUUCAUUACACUCCAGAAAAAAAGCUUUUCUAUUUUUUGAUUAUUUCCUAAACUUUGGUAAAAAUGUCCUUUGCAAUCAGAAGAAAAGGUCAUGUUGUUCUUUGGACUAAAAGAGUUUAUUCUUGCUAUAAUAAGCUAAUAAAAAAAACAGAUCCAGUGUUAACCAAUUUGAUUUGGUCCGAUUUGUGUUCAAAAUAUGUGUCUCUUCCUUCCUGCAGGAGUCAGAGCUUUACAUCUGCCUUUGAGCGAACAACCAGAGGAAGGUGCUGUCAACUUCCAGCAUCCUUUCAUCAUGUUUAUUUUAUUUAAAUGUUUAUUUAAACGCUGCUUGUGCAGGUUAACGUGUAGGUAAUAACUAUGGAACAAAAUCUAAUUUUCUUUUCAGUUUAGGGGGGAAAACAUUUAAGUUGUUUAAUACUUUAGACCUUUGGCUGCUAAUGUACAGUUUGGGGUUCUUUUUGUUUUGGAAAAUAUAUAUUUAUGGUGUUUUGUAAUGAAGCCUGUUCCCUUUUUGUUUGUAGCAGAUAUGCUAGGAGGACAGGAAGAAGUUGAAUGCUCUGUGUAAGUUCACAUUAAGGUAUAAUGAAUGUAUUAUGCCAUUUAAAUAACAGACUUUUAAAUCCUAUGUUUUUCAUGCUAUUUGCUUUGUUUAUAAGUUGAAUUCACAUGGUGUUACGCUAUAUGACUGUGCUUUAAAUCCCAGUUUCCCUUACCAUUUUAUGCAGCAGCCUUUAAAACUGAAGUGCUUAUUUUGCUAAACUGUGACCUUCAUGGUUCCUACUGUGAGCGUUUAACUUUUAAAGCACUUGUAAAUUAACGUUUUAAAGAGAGCGAGCCCAUAAGGCUCACACAAAUGGUUUCUUGCUCACGUGAACGUUUCCUUGUGGCUCCGUAUCUUUGCAUGUGAAGUCAAAUUGUAAAUAAAUAACUUCUGUGAUUUAAUGUGAAAGUUAAAUAAAAACAAAUCAAAAGCA